AUGAGUCUACUUCUUUUCUGGUUCUUAGAGUUUCGUGGGUAUCUGGGGUGGUUGGAGAUGUCGCAAUGGCACCCAUAUGAUUCAAGCCCCAUACUCGAUACUAUCAACAAGCUGGGUGCACUAAAAGAUGGAUUAUAUAAUGAUGACUCGUUGUCGGUCGAAAGAUCAUUAAAAAAGUCGUUUCAUGAUACCAACUCGUUUAGAAUGGCAAGGUUUGAUGCUGUGUACUAUUCCGCCUACCGCAUUGACAGCGAGCUUCAGGAUCACAAAGAAGCCAAGAACAAAAGCAAAGGAAAGUGUCCUCUAGUGCAUGAUUUAGAAUUACUGCUUUCUGCAAAAUUGAGCAACAAAGGUAUUUACAGCAUAGCACAUCUGAAAGAUUAUUGGUGUUUUUGGAUUGAUACGACAGGGCAAAACAUUUCAGUAUUUGAGCAAGACGAAUUUCUGUCUCUUAUACACUCCUCUACAAUUUCAGUCAAGCGGAUUACAUUGGGUAUGUUUACCAGUAAUGAUCUCUUUCAAAACCCAUCAAGCUCCAAAUUGAUAAACAACAUAUAUAUCAAUUUUCUUAGAGCAUUAAAGAAGCAUCUCAUAAAGCUCUUUGCAGACAAUUGCCCUGUCAAAAAUUCUAGCUCAAAGGUGUUUCCAUUUAGCACACAUCUGUUGCUUCAGACUGAUAAUUUUAACUACUUUAACGUUUUGAGAUUAGAUCUCAUGAUUAACCAUAAGAACGAAGUAUUAGUUUCAACGACAGUAGCCGAGAAUCCAAGAUUUUAUAAUCUUGCAAGCAGAGAGAAUUUAGAAACUACAGUUCAGAAAUCAAGUUAUGCCAUCUAUCUUUGCCCAUCUGGCAUUCGAUGCAAUUUUGCUGUAAAUGGAUGUCUCAAAGAUUCAAUCACGUCCGACCCACCUAAAGAUUAUGAGCGAUUACUACAGCUCCUUAAAAAAUACAAUAACAUAUUCAUUGAUGAAAAGAAUACAAGAUGGGUAAAAGUUGUUCCCAAUGUGAACCAUUUAAAUAACUUAUCGCCCCACAUUUCUAGCUUUUUGGAGGAUUCACAUACUGGAGAUGGCUCAACAAGUCUGCGAUUUAUUGCGUGGCCUCUUUCGUUAUGUUUUGUACAAUACGGUGUCAACAUAGAUGGUACAAUUCCACCAAGUAGUCAGUAUGACCCUUUCAAGUUGUUAGACCAACGUAUUAGUUACAUUAAGGAGCAACAAAAUCAUGGAGUGGAAGAGGCGAUCGAAGAACUUCAAGACUUCUGUCUUCCUCCAGAGGAAGACAAUAUAAAGGGGGUUAAAGAUUCUAUUUCUCCAGCAUUAGAAGCAACAUGUCCUUCGCCAAUUGUUGAGGUUGAUAUCUCUGAUGCUUACUUCGACGGGGUGCUAGACGAUGUAAUGAACGAAGAAAUAAGUCUACCUAAAAGUGAAUGGAAUGAACUUUUUGGAGAGGAAGCUGAAGAGAAUGAAAUUGCAUCACCUAAUGGAGAGUCAUUUGUUAUGAAUUCAAAAGAGCCAGUCAAGCUACCCACCACAACGAAUCCGUUUUAUGAAGAUCCGGGGGCUCCAGAACCUGCACCUCUCCCCAUUAUCUCCGAAAUAUCCCCUUGCGUUCACAAAGCUACUUCAGUUUUUUCUCCACUUCGAUUCAAUCCGGUAAUUCAUGAUAAUAUAGAUAUCAAAUACUCCACAGGAGGAAAGUUUUAUGUAGAUCGAAGCGAGUCUCCAUCAGGCCCACACAAGGACUCCCUUACAAAUGCGAAACUAUUUUUGAAAGCGCCAACAACAGGAGUUGGGAUCUCGGGAAAUAGCUGGACUAGAGAGGAAGAUAGUGACCUCGAAUCGGACAGUGAUGACGACCAGGAUAGACUACUUAAGGAGGAAGAGGAAGAGGAAGAGGAGGAGUAUAAUAAUGAAAAAUAUCAAGACCGAAGAGAUUUGAUACAAAAAGAAGGAGAGAAAAAGGAAAAUGAUAAGACCAAGAUCCAAGAGGACUUUUAUCAAGUAAUGAAAAGUUCUGAAGGUGAUGAAGCGAGCCCACAGGCUGACUUUGACAUGAUAGAUGGAUCAGACCACAACGAAGGGAAAAAGUUGGAAGUAGAGAGAAAUACAGUUGCCGGUAAUUUAAGGAUUCAUAUCAGGGAGUGCAACAAUUCAGCCCUGACAACUAUUCCAAUUCCAUCGGGUGGUUCUAACGAUACGAUGGACAAUUUGAGCCAAAAUUGGGUACCGUUCAUAAUGCGAACCGUCCCGUUGUAUUCUAUUCCCGUCUGCUUUCUAUACAAAGCCCCGAGUUUAAGCAAAGAUCGUUUGAAUCAAGAGCUACCCAUUCUUCUAAAAGCUAUAUUAUUUGAUUUACCUGGCUCCUUUUCUAACAAAUGUCGUCAUGAUCAUCAGGUGCAAUCAAAAGUUGACAAGCUAGUUCGAGAUGUUCUUCCGGGAAUCGAAAAAUUAAGUUUACUAGAUUUUGUUGGACCUGGCAGAAUAAGUGAUGGUCUAUUUAAUAUAGUAAACAGAGAGAACUGUCCUAGCACCACAAGUAUAGAAUAUGACUCCAGAGACUCAGUUUCAAAUGAGGCCUUUUUGGGAUCACCAUCGCUGCCAACGACUCAGGAAGGCUUCAUUGAAAAAAUGCUGCCAAAUGACACUAAUCUCUUGAUCCACACAACCCCAACUAUGAUUAAUGUUAAACGAUCAGAUGAGGACCUGAGUGUAGGCAUUACUUCCGCAAAGUUUUGGAAAUCUUUAGGAUUGCAGCCUCUCGAAGGUCCUAACAAUUUCCAGGCCAUUGCAAUUGUUCCAGAUUUUGGGCCACAGUUUCUUGCUCAGGCCACUGAUUUUAUUGGAAACUUACAGGAGGAAUAUAAAACCAACAAACUAGGAGAAAUGUCUCUGAUCGAAAUUGCAAAUGAUUCAGUGCUACGGAUAACACCUAACGAACAAGAAAAAUCGUACUGGAAAAAUGUGCACGAUACCUUACAAAGUCAUUUAAACGACAUUUGUAACAGGCUGAAACCGGAAAUGCCCCUUCUGAUUAUUUUUAUAAAUCCUUUUACUUCGUUGGUCAGCGUUAUAGAAACUUCCCAGGUUUUGAGAGAAUUGCGAGAUUCCAUAUCUCGUUUGCUGAACUUAAAUUCUUCUUCAGAAUCAAAGAGAAGGAAGAAGAAAUCAACAAAUGGUCCUAAUGCGAAUUAUAGAAAAGGGUCUGAGAUAAAAAAUAUUUCCAUUUCACAAAAAAGCAUUCCGUUGAACGAUUUUUUUUUGAUUGAUGGCAGUUACUGUGUCCCCUCUCAAAAAGUGUUAACAAGAAUUUCACUGCAGUUAUACUGUUUAGUGACUAGCGGUCAUUUUACAAACAAUAUUGCGCUAAUUGCACAAGAAAUCCCUUCAGCAAUUAAUUUCAAAUUAACAAAAGUGCCAAUUGCUAGACAAUUGAUCAUAGACGACUUAUAUAUCCAUCUUGCCUAUGACAGAGCUACAGAUAAAAGCUGGUGCGCCGCAUGCUGGACCGAUCAGUAUGGUGGCCUAAGGGAAGUGAAGGCAUGGUAUUCAGAGCGAAGAAAAUUUCUGAAUGGAGGUGCUAACCUGAUGAAAAGUUUUGAAGAAAUUAGCAAUGAUAUUUGGAGUAUCACUAUGGAAUACAUUAAAUGCCACCCUGGAAAGUCAUACUUGAUUUUAACAAGGUUGAACAACAUAAUUCCAGAUGACGAAUUGAUACAGUGGAAGAGGUUAUCACUAUUGAAUAAAAGUAUUUAUUUAGUAGUCCUUACGAUAGACUUGGAACCGACUCUGAAGCUAAGUGGGGUAAGCAGAGAAAGUGAGGGCAGCGGUGGUGUCAAUAAUGUGAUGACCACUACUAUGUAUCCUGACUCCACUGCCGGGAUAUAUCCUAACACCGCCGAAUCCCUAGGCUCCAGAUUUGACAGUCCGGAUAUUAGCAGCAACAUGUUCCAAACGCCAAGUUCUCCGGCGUUUAACACCUCUGGAAAUUUUUAUUCAGAGUCCGAUGGAACCAUUGUGAACAUCUCAGAGGAACUUCUCGGAUUAGUUCUCUCUAUACCUGUGCCACUUUCAAAUCAAAUCAAUAGAAUACCUAUACGAACAGGAUAUUUGAUUCAAACGGCGAAUUUGACGGAAGGAAAGAGCAUUUUGGAAGUGAAUCUAUUAAGUUGUCCUGCUUUCAUCGAUCCUGUAGACUUGAUGAAGAAGAUGCUUUGCCAAUAUCGAAAUUUGGCAGACCUAAAAAACUUUUGGUACGCUUCAAUUGUAGAUGAAACAUGCAAUCCGUUCCCGUGGCACAUUCUUACUGUAUCUAAGAUACUCAAAGAGUUGGUACACGUUGGAGUUGAUGAAUGA